AUGGCUGGGAUUGUCUAUUUCACCCUCUUCUCGCUUCUCUGGGGGAUCUGUGGCGCUGUCACCGGCUCUCGGGUGUAUCCGGCCAAUGAAGUUACCCUAUUGGAUUCCAGAUCAGUUCAGGGGGAACUUGGGUGGAUAGCAAGUCCUUUGGAAGGAGGGUGGGAGGAAGUAAGCAUUAUGGAUGAGAAAAACACUCCAAUCCGCACCUAUCAAGUCUGCAAUGUGAUGGAGCCGAGUCAGAACAACUGGUUACGAACUGACUGGAUUCCCCGCGAGGGGGCUCAGAGAGUAUAUAUUGAAAUUAAAUUCACAUUGAGAGACUGCAACAGUCUGCCAGGUGUCAUGGGAACUUGCAAAGAAACUUUUAACCUUUACUACUAUGAAUCAAACAAUGAUAAGGAGCGUUAUAUCCGUGAGAGCCAGUUUGCCAAGAUCGACACCAUUGCUGCUGAUGAGAGCUUCACUCAGGUGGACAUCGGUGACAGGAUCAUGAAGCUGAACACAGAGAUACGUGAUGUGGGCCCAUUGAGCAAGAAGGGGUUUUACCUGGCUUUUCAGGAUGUAGGUGCCUGCAUCGCCUUGGUGUCUGUCCGUGUUUUCUACAAGAAGUGCCCAUUGACGGUACGCAACCUGGCUCAGUUUCCAGACACCAUUACUGGGGCUGAUACAUCCUCUCUAGUGGAAGUUCGUGGCUCCUGUGUGAACAACUCAGAAGAGAAGGAUGUGCCAAAAAUGUACUGUGGGGCAGAUGGCGAAUGGCUGGUACCCAUUGGCAACUGUCUGUGCAAUGCUGGCUAUGAUGAGCACAAUGGAGAAUGCCAAGCUUGCAAAAUCGGAUACUACAAGGCUCUCUCCACAGAUGUUUCCUGUGCCAAAUGCCCAUCCCACAGCUACUCCAUCUGGGAAGGCUCUACCUCCUGCACCUGUGAUCAGGGCUUUUUCCGAGCCGAAAAUGAUGCUGCCUCCAUGCCCUGCACUCGCCCUCCGUCCGCUCCCCUGAAUCUGAUUUCCAAUGUCAAUGAGACAUCAGUGAACUUGGAGUGGAGCGCCCCUCAGAACAGUGGUGGGCGCGACGACAUCUCCUACAACGUGGUGUGCAAGAGAUGUGGAGCUGGCGACCCCAACCGCUGUCGGUCAUGUGGCAGCGGUGUGCACUUCAGCCCCCAGCAGAACGGCUUGAAAACCACCAAGGUCUCUAUUACUGACCUUCUGGCCCACGCUAACUACACCUUUGAAAUCUGGGCAGUGAACGGGGUGUCCAAGCAAAACCCCAGCCAGGACCAGGCUGUCUCAGUCACUGUGACGACUAACCAAGCAGCUCCGUCUCCAGUUGCUUUGAUCCAGGCUAAAGAAAUAACAAGGCACAGCGUUGCAUUGGCCUGGCUGGAACCUGAUAGGCCGAAUGGAGUCAUCUUGGAAUAUGAAGUCAAAUAUUAUGAGAAGGACCAAAAUGAGCGCAGCUAUCGCAUUGUGAAGACAGCUGCCAGGAACACAGAUAUCAAAGGCCUGAACCCUUUGACUUCAUACGUGUUUCAUGUGCGAGCCAGGACAGCAGCGGGAUAUGGGGACUUCAGUGGGCCAUUUGAGUUCACGACUAACACAGUUCCUUCCCCCAUCAUUGGUGAUGGUACCAAUCCCACAGUGCUUCUUGUCUCAGUGGCUGGCAGUGUUGUUCUCGUAGUCAUUCUCAUUGCUGCUUUUGUCAUCAGCAGGAGACGCAGUAAGUACAGUAAGGCUAAGCAAGAGGCAGAUGAGGAGAAACAUUUGAAUCAAGGUGUGAGAACAUAUGUGGAUCCUUUUACAUAUGAGGAUCCAAACCAAGCUGUGCGGGAAUUUGCCAAAGAAAUCGAUGCCUCCUGUAUAAAGAUUGAAAAAGUCAUAGGUGUGGGUGAAUUUGGUGAAGUGUGCAGUGGACGUCUCAAAGUACCAGGAAAGAGAGAGAUCUGUGUUGCUAUCAAGACUCUGAAAGCUGGGUACACUGACAAACAGAGGAGGGACUUUUUAAGUGAAGCCAGCAUCAUGGGACAGUUUGACCAUCCCAACAUCAUCCAUUUGGAAGGCGUAGUUACCAAAUGUAAACCGGUAAUGAUCAUAACUGAGUACAUGGAGAAUGGCUCCUUGGAUGCCUUCCUCAGGAAAAAUGAUGGCAGAUUUACAGUAAUUCAGUUGGUGGGAAUGCUUCGUGGCAUUGGCUCUGGAAUGAAGUAUCUGUCUGACAUGAGCUAUGUGCAUCGGGAUCUAGCUGCCCGAAAUAUAUUAGUCAACAGCAACUUGGUCUGCAAGGUGUCUGACUUUGGCAUGUCCCGUGUCCUGGAAGAUGAUCCUGAAGCAGCCUAUACUACUAGGGGUGGGAAAAUUCCUAUCAGGUGGACUGCACCAGAAGCAAUUGCCUAUCGUAAAUUUACAUCAGCUAGUGAUGUGUGGAGCUAUGGCAUUGUAAUGUGGGAAGUGAUGUCCUAUGGAGAGAGACCUUACUGGGAUAUGUCCAAUCAAGAUGUUAUUAAAGCCAUUGAGGAAGGGUAUCGCCUGCCACCCCCAAUGGACUGCCCCAUCGCUCUCCAUCAGCUGAUGCUGGACUGCUGGCAGAAGGAACGCAGCGACAGGCCUAAAUUCGGACAGAUUGUCAACAUGCUGGACAAACUCAUCCGCAACCCCAACAGCUUGAAGAGGACAGGCACCGAGAACUCCAGACCAAACACUGCCCUGUUGGAUCCGAGUUCUCCGGAAUUCUCAGCCGUCGUUUCUGUUGGGGAUUGGCUUCAGGCCAUUAAAAUGGAUCGAUAUAAGGAUAACUUCACAGCUGCUGGCUAUACAACCCUAGAGGCUGUGGUACAUAUGAACCAGGAUGAUCUGACGAGAAUUGGGAUUACCACCGUUGCGCACCAGAACAAGAUUUUGAGCAGCGUCCAGGCGAUGCGGACCCAAAUGCAACAGAUGCACGGCAGAAUGGUUCCCGUCUGA